AUGCAGGAUUUGGGCAUCACCAUUGCACUGCCACGCCUGGCUAUUCUGUUUGAGGCUGCCAACAGCACAGAACCAUUGCAAAUGGGGCUGAAGGCACUCCCUGUCAAAGCCAUGGUGUCAAGCGAGCCCCCUGGGGACAAAGGUGAUGGCAGGGUGAUUGCAGAUGUGGAUGUUGGAGAAUUAUCUGAGAUUUCUGUCACUGCAGCUAUGAAUAUUGGGGGAUCGUUUUUUGUGCACCCUGUCAGCAGUGUUGCUGUAAAGCUGGGAAAAGUUGAUUGCAGCAUUCCUUUUGAUACUGUGCUCCAGCUGGCCCUGUGCAUUGCAGAGAGGAAGACAAAGUUAGCAAAAGGUGUUAAGGGCUUGCCCAUGCAGCAGCUUACAACUCCACCUGCUUCACUGGUGAAGAAUGUAUUGCAGCUACUUCCCAAUGAGGUUGUUUUGGAGACAGCAAACAUAUCAGUUGCGGCUGUUGGUCUUGGAACCGCGGAUACUGGCCGUGUGAGCUGCCACUUGGAUGGUAUUCAUCUUUCAUCAAAAUUGCCUGGAGAUUCACACAAUGUGUGCCUCAGUGGUAAUAUUGGGCCACUAAAGGCAAGGGUUUCUGUUGAAGACAGUCAGACAGCCAUAAAGCUCAUUAUGCCACUGUGCACCACAUCGUUUGCUUUGGACUGGUGUGAAUUCAAAGACAGAAAUGUGUUUUCUGUCAGUUCUGAUGGAACUGUGGACUCACAUGGGCUGAAAUUGAGUGCAAGCGAUGAGCAUGUGUGGGAUUUCAUACGCAUUGCGCUGGGGUUUGUGCAACGCUGGGAACACAGCCAUAAGCAGUUAACUUCCAGACAGAGUGGCAGUGGUGUGGAGGAAAUUUGUGUGAUGGAAGGAAUGCAUGUGGCUGAUGGAUGUGAGGUGGAUGACCAGUCAGGCAAGGAUGAUGGCAAAAAAGGCACUGAAACAUUGGAGGGAAAGGAUCCAGGGUCUUUGCUUGAAGAAGAUCAGUUGCUUGCAGCAACAAAACAGCUCCUAAAGAAGACACCCAUCUCAACCGGCGAUGUUGAUGGUGACACUGGUCAAGUGCUGGCAGCGAGUCCUGGGAAUGUGGGUGCUGAUGCCAUUCCGCUGCAGCUGCAGGGCCGUUGGAACAUCACCAUGAAGCUCUCUCAAGAACUGACUGUUGAACUCAUGGAAAACUCUGACCCACUAUGCACCCUUCAUGCAGAUACGUUGUCAGUCGCUUGCUGGCGACAGAGACCAAUGCCAAGAGUAGAUUCAGGAUUGACUAUCAGCAAAGCCAGUGAGCGCACUGACAGCUUGCCCGAGGACAUCAGCACUGAUGCUGAUGUCCAUUUGGAGCUUGCUGUGAAUGUUGUGGAUUUUGCAGUUGCAUGCAAACCAUUGGAGAAGAACCUUGGGGUCGUGAGCUUGGCUGGGCUGAGCAAAGUCACACUCGGCUGCCUCUUGAAAGCAACCUUGCAGCCUUCGUACACAGUUCACGUUGAUGGCAUCCUUAUGGCCACUGCUCUGCAGGUUAACCUCAGCAAACAGAGUGUGCUGUCUAUUGUUGCAACUGCAGAGCAUGUGGUGAAGAAAUUGAUGCCUGCAAUUGAGAACAUUUGGGCAGUCAGUGAGCAGUCCACUUCAGACAACGGUGUGGACUGUCUGGCAGAGUCAAGGUCACGGAAAAAGGUGACUGUUGACUGGAGUGGUACCGUGGAGGGUGCAAAAGUUUCCUAUGAAACCGAUUUUGCACUGAAAGACAAUCAAGCCCCAGGCAUGUCGGACCCUCAUGUCACUGUUGAAUUGGCCAUGAGCCAGGUUCAAGCUGCUCAGAAAUUUGACGACCGUGGAGCAAAGAUUGAUGUGAAAGAUAUGGCAAUAGAUUUCUACAUUGCCUGUGCGGAGUCUUCUGAUGUGAAGACACAGGAGAAAAUCGAUGUCCUAACCAUAGAAAGGCUAGGUGCCUCCUUUGAGAGGAAGAGUGCUGGCAUUGUGGGCUAUCUGAAAGCCACAAAAGGGCAUGUAAGGGUGCAUGUGGAUCAGCCAUUGGUGGGAUUGCAGAUCGCACAUGAUGCUGUGACUGCUCAGCACAGGAUACAGGAUGUGGUGCAUGCUGUUGUGCAUUGGAAGACAAAGGCAGACGUUGUCCUGAACGAUGAGACUGAACAUGCUGUGGGGAAGCUCCAGAUGGCACCAGCUGACUGUGAGAUGAGCCCCAUGACAAGAGAAUCAGCUUCAACAGCAGAGAAGGGGCCCAAUGUAGCUAUGGAAAUAGAAGUGCAAGAAAUCGCUGUGGAAGCAGCUGUGGGUGAGUUGGACACUCUCACUGUGUUCAUCAGAAAGGCAUUCACCCGAACUGAUGCACCAGACCACAGAGUUCAUGCAGAGUAUAUCCAACUGCUUGUGAAUGGAAAGAGAGUGGUAGAGAGCAUUAACACAAGCGUCAGGGUGCAUGACCCAGCGCCAGUCACACAUCUUGACAGCAAGCGUUAUCACAGCGGGCUUCAGAGGGGCAAGAGGCUGUCCCAAGUGGAGGAGUUGGCUGCAGAGAGAGCUUUGCAACUGGCACAUGCUGUUGUUGGCGAAGGCAGUCCCUUGCACAGCAUGGAUGGGCACCCACUUUCCCCUCCAUUAUCGGUUUCGAGUGAGCAUUUUGAUAGAAGCUCAAGCGAGUCCCCAGCUUCUGUGGCUCCAAGGAGCCUGAAACACUCAAGUUCUGUCAUGGCUGAGCGACGCCGUCAAGCAUACAACAGGCUUGGUGUUGGUGGGUUCAUCGAGUUGGGGAACGAUGGCGUUUUGCCUAGCAUAUUGUCACUUGAGAUCAGUACAGAUUCUGUGUGCAUGGCCAUUCCGCCAGAAGAACAUGUUGGACGUGUCAUCAUGUUUUCAGAACUGUGGUUGAGUGCAGCAAAGCAGGUUGUAGCUGCUUAUGUGCAGCAGCUGAUAUCAACAAUCAACCAGAAACACGCGCAACAGCAAGGAUCAAAAGUCCCCAAUCCGAGGCCUGCCUGUGUGGAAAUCUGGAUAAGGGCAAAGAGCCUGGGUUUCCGUGUUGAAGCGCAUCCACUAGAACAAUGGAUGGCUUUGCAUGGUGUUCUGCUGCGAAAGACAGUUCUGCAGCAGCACUUGUGGUCUUGUGACAGUCAUGGCAAUGAGGAAAAUGUUGCCCAUGGCAGUGAAGGGGACAAGAAGAAGGGCAGCGAUGGCUUGCCUGAGCACCAAAGAGCACAAAAAGCAAAGGAAUGGGCUUCCAUUGAUGUGUUUCAUCGCUAUAAGGAGAAAUGCACUGAGAUCAAGUCUGGAGCAGAAGAGAUGUUGCACCAUCGUGGCGCUUUGCUUCAUGUUGCCAUGUCCCAUGUGGAUGCCCUCAUCAUCGUGGGAGACAAGAGCUGCCCAGAAGUGGUUGAGGCAGCAGUGAAGAACAUCAGGGAGUUUGACAAGCCUUCAAGCGACAGCGUACUGUUCUCCAACGUGCAGCCUUUGUUCUUGAGUGUCCAGGCUGACAACAUGAUGGGGUAUAUUGGGGGCCUGGAGACUGCCAACAUUCCAGCUGUUGCGUUCACUGGUGUGCUUGUUCGUGGUCGUCAACUUACCCACCCACCUCAAACUAUGACAAUGACAUUCAAAGUUGGUCGAUGGCAUUCAGUCGAUCAGAGUCACCCAAUAAAGGGGGCACGCCCACCAAUGAAAGUCUACACAUCAAUGGAGGCUUCACUUGACUCUGCAAGAAUUCAGGGUGGUAUUGGCUUAGAACCAGUGAUUGCACAGAUGGCUGUUGCUUUCAACCGACUGGUCCCGCCAAACAUGGUAAAUAGUAAUGGCACUCUGCAACAAAGUUCAACUCCUGUGCUGAGGCCUUGGGACAAGACCAGGUACAUGUGGAGGGGCACGAUGAAGCUCCAUCUCAAUCAGCUGCAGGCAGCUGUGUCUACAUCAAUAGACCCAAUGGUCUGUAUGCACACGGAGCGAGUUGAGCUGGGGGCAGGUGGAUUGCAUGUCAACGUGAUAGCAGGCGGUGUUAAUGUUGAAGCUGAUGACCUUCGAAUCACGCUUUACAAGUCUUCUCUUCGUUCAGCACCGGACGAUUUGCCUCAAGAAUUCCUGCUUGCUGUUCUUCCAUGUGCAAAAAUGCAGUUUAGGUACAACUGGAAAAUGCCAUUUGGGAGAAACCCCAUUGACCAUUACGCAUACCCUGUUGUCUCUCAAUGCGAUGAAAGUUUGCGCCUUGCCCCAGUAGAUCUGGUCAGACUCUUCCGAGGUGAAGGCUAUGAGUUCUGCAUAACAGCAAAUUUGAAGGGGAAGGAGAGGUCAGUGGGAGAAACCAUUGUGGAUGAUGAAGUGCCAGUGAUUGUGAUGGGUGAGCCUCAUAUCCGGUUCCUGAUUGAUAUGGUCGAAUGUAUGGAAUCCCCUCCAAUCUAUAUUCGUGGAGCUUGGAAGCAAGGAACUUACUUUGUCAAGAAAGGUGCAUCCCUUGAUGCUGGGCCUCCACUUCCCAAACUGCUGCACAAGGUUUGUGUCUCUGCGGAAGUACAACUGAUCGAGGUGAAGCAUAAUGCCCUGGAUGCCGAUGACCCUGGGCACGAUGUCUGGGUCUGCUGUGAGUCUGUCAGAUUUGCGGGGACCUGGGCCUUUAUGGCCAACCUGGAUAGGCUGCAGCGUGUCAAAGCAGGCGAAGUCAUCAACGAUGAGGGCUACGUGUGGAUAGAUGGUCUUCGGCGAAGGCGUCCCAGGGUCAAAUCUCCACCUGACAUGGAGAAUCUUGAGGUCGAAGCCUUCCAGAUUCGUGGAUAUUUACCAGAUCAGCAUGCGACGCACCCACUUGUGUCACGAACCCAAUCUUUGGAUGAGCAAAACUCUCUGCUUCGAGAUCUACUGCACCAAGUUCGUCAGCCAUCACGUGUGCACCUGGGGGCCAGUAUGGAGAGUACAACACCUGCACCUGAUGGUCUGGAUGGUCACAUUCUGUCUGCUACAGCCUUUCUGUUGAGGCAAUUGUCACCACAAGCAUCAACGCAGCAUGACAGAAGUGAUGCUGUCCAGCUACCCAGUGGAGAAACAAAGCGGCCCUUACGCAUUGCUGUCAUGGAUGUGAAGGCGCUGAUGCCUAAAGAAGUUCAAGACGCAGUGUUUUCAGUUUUUGUUCACAUGGCUGCAGCAUUCAGCAGGGCCCCGCAGGCUGCAGACCUUACAGUAGAAACCAGCCCUUCCCAGGGGCCCAAAAGGCAGCCAAGUGUGCCUCAGCCUACGUCGCCAAUGGAAGAAAGACAAGAGGACUCACUUUUGAGCGCUCUUCUACUGCAAGAUCCAGAGAGCAUUGAGAACUCUCCAGAUGAAGCCAUUGCAGCCUCAAUGUCAACACAGGGACGGGACCACGCAAUUGAGGGCUCCAAGUUGAUACUGGAAUUGGAAUUUACACAGGUGCAGCUGAACCUUGCAACAGAUGUUUCAGAAGGGUGUGUUGUCCUUGCAUUGGACAGCGGGGUGUUGAAGCAGCACUUCAAUGAAGAGCAUCAUGAGCAGAUCAUGAGGCUGAGCGUUGACCAUGUCCAGGCCUAUGUUAUGGACACCACUGUUGAUCCUCACAACCCUGUACGCUGGCUUGAGGUAUCCAAUGGCCAGUUGUGCGUGCCACCCGACAGUAUGGACAUGCUUCAAAGGAUCGUCAAGCCUUUCAGUGUCAGCCUGUCACUGACAGGCCUUCUUGUGACCGGACAGGCUCUCUUCCCUGAUCGGCCGGCUGAGGAUCUGGAGUUGGUAUCUCCUGAAAUUGUUGCACAAACAGAGCGAGAACAGUUUGAGAUUAUUGUUGAUGUGAUCAACACAGCCAUGCACCCUUUGCCAACCAUAAAAUGUGUCAAAGACACCGUGCUGGGUCCAACAGGAUCCACUGUGGAAGAUGCAAAUCUGGACAUCAUUGAGGCAAAAUCAGAGUUGAAGUCUCUCUAUGUGAAAUUCAAUGCCCUGAGGCAGGAGGCAUAUGCCGUGUGGACAGCAGGUGAUGAAGGCUCUGUUCUUCACACAAGCCAGUCUGUCUUCCUUGGUGACAAGGGCUUGGACGAGUUGCCUUCCAUGUCAAUGCCAGCCAGCGUGGAUCCUCAGCAAGAAGUGAACAGUUUGCUUCAGUCAGUGCUUGAAAAGGCUGACGGAAUGGUGGCUUCAGCUCCAGGAGAGGAAAAUAUUGCGCAAAAACUGCUGCACUGGAAACUGGAGCAAAAGAUUCGGGAUGCCCUAAAAGAUUGCAAGGAAUCUGCAAAGAAGCUGUCAAUUGUUCGCAAACGUGUCCUUGAGGAGAACAAGCACAAGAGGCUAUACAAAUCCAUGCAUAUGAGGUUUGCAUGUGACCAGAUCACGUGGCAGCUGACAAAGGAUGGAGAGAAAUUCAUGCAGGCACAGAUCCAAGGUUUCAGCUACACCAGCACGAAGAAUAAGGAUCUGUCAGGGGAAUCAAAGAUGUCAGUUCACCGGAUCGAGCUCCGUGACUUACAGAAUCUUGUUGGCGAAACUCCAUCAUUGGACAGAGGAGUCGUUCUGUCUGUGCUUCAGCCAGCAAGUGCCAGUGAAGAAAUGAUUCGAGGCUUGUUUGUGAGAGGGGGACAGACUUCAUCAUUGAUUUACUAUGAACACAUCGAGGUGUGGGUGCACCCUCUUGGCCUGCACUUCACAGAGCAAGCAGCCCGUGAGCUGAGUGCAUAUUUCUUCCCUGCGGAGUCAACACAUCAGAAAAAGAAGCAGCAGGAAGAUUGGGCCAAGGCAGUCACAAGACAUCCUCAAACCAGCACGCAGCUCAGCACGGCUGUAGAAUCUGAGUCUGAGAUAGAAGUGCACAUAGAUACAGCGGAUUUCAUGGAUGGGUCGACUUCACCAUCAGACGAACCGGAAGAGAGGAGUCGGUCGUCGACGACAGAAUUGACCUCCUCCAUGUUUCAGAAUCAGCAAACGAAUGCGCAAUCCCUCCAGACGAAAGAGCACGGCGACCCAGUCGAGCCACCAAGUUUUCUAAUGACGCCACCAAGCAAGAAAGCCAAGGGCCUCUGCAUGCGGCAGAAACUGCACUUUGUUCACUUCAGAUUCAAUCGUGUAGUCACGCAGAUCACAUAUGAAGGUAUGCCUUUUUCGUUUGCAGAUCUGAAGAUAAAACUGGACACUGCAGAGUACAAUCAUAUGGAAGGUCAAUGGGUUAAUGUUCUGAAUCGGUACAAAAACAACGUGAUCACAUCAGUUCUGAAGUCGGUGGCGUCUUCUAUGGGGAGAAAGUUUGUCCCUCCUGGGAGCACUGAUCAUCCUAGGUCAGGUCGCCGAAUUCUUGGGAAGAUCUUCCACAGGAAGAAGCCAAACAAUAGGGAUUCAGAUGAGUUUGGUGAGGAUAGUAGAGAGGAUGCUGACAACCUGGCCACAGUGGAGGAUGAUGGCCAACAUGAGGAAAAGGCCAGCAAAUCGACGACAAAGGACAAAGGAACGAGGCGUCUGCUUGGCCUCAUGGGCCGGUAA